AUGGCAAAGGACCCGACACUACAGAACGCGUUGGAUCAGCACCAGUCUCUCCUCUUCCGCCUUCCACGAGAGCUGCGAGAUGAGAUCUACCACUACUAUUCCCAAGCAAACGGUUACUACUACGACUCCACCUCUGGGACACUUCGAAUGGACGGCGGCGAGUCCAUUGAUCUCAGCCUUCAAUAUACCUGCAAAAGAACAGCGGCGGAGAUGCAGGGUAUUGCCUUGGGAAUCAACAAAAUAACCUUCCGCACGAUGGUCGAUCUCCCCAGGCCUUCCGACCAACUCAUGAAAUCUCAAGUCUUCGAUCAUUACAUCCGUAAAAGAAGGCGUACCAUACUUAGUCGUAUGGUCGAAUGGACAUAUCCUCUAGUUACAGACGAGACCAUGCGCCAGUUGUGCGAACGCCAUCCAGCGAACCUGGCAGUCAAGAAGAUGAGGGAAUUGCAUCGAGAGGGAGACAGUGAUGGACCCCUAGCGGGCGGACACCUAUGGGGUGACAAUGGAGGUUUCGAUACAGUCGAUUAUGACGAGUACUCAGCGGAAGCCAUCGUAAUUCUCCGAGAUUUACUAGACAUCAUAUCCACCGAUCCUGGAUUCUGGCACAUGACUGCGAGCGACUUCGAUGUCAACGCGAGGAGGGCCUUCUUCGUGGCAACUGAGCAUUGGGCCACGCGUUGGGACAAAUUCGAGGAUUAUCUCACGGAGCAUAUUCCCGUAUACACUUCCAAGGCAGAACAGCAGCAAGUGCUACAGUGGCAACCUGACAGCUGGUUCAUCCCAACAGAUGACGAUCUUGAGGCACUGGAAGAGUUUCUGCCUCACGACGAGAAUUCUUAUCCUUUCCAUGCAGUACAUAUACGGGGAGGAAGGCGAUCCUACUUCUCUGCAGCCGCCGUCGCGAUUCGGUUCCUUUCACGCCUCAGCGAGUCUACACGUAGCCACCUCCGCUGGGUCACUAUACUAGAAGAUGAGUGCAGCGACCCUGAAUCCUUCAGUCACGCAAGAGGCCUAGUUCCCUUUUGUAUCUUCAACACUCAGUUGGAAAUUGAGAGAAGAGUAGACAUAUGGCGUACCUCACUCAUCGGUAUUACGAGAGCAAACCAUUGGUAUACUGAAGGGAGGGGACGUGUGAUGAGAGAGAUUGGAAUGUGGAUUAGUGAGGCAAAGGCACUGACUGUCUUGGGGAUGCCUCCUGGCUCUUACAAUCUGGUCUUGCACGGCCCAUCACCUCUUGCAAGCCAACAAAUCUGCGAUGCCACUGCCAGGGUAGCAAUCUGGGACGAAGGCUGUAGGUUGAUCACAAAAGCCGACCCUAUCCAUGGGCCCUACUUUGACCACAUGCUUGGUGAAGGCUUCGCGGAUGCCAUCAAGGGGGUAAUUGAAGGGAACAUUCCAGCUCGGUUCGACGCAGACAUGGGGAAGAUUUGGGAUAUCGAUCAGCUGUUGAGAGAUCAGGAUGGCGAUUGGCCUGAAGACUUGGAUGAUGUUUUCGAACUUCGCAACCUGGAAGAGCCACCGGAAGGCUGGUGCGCUGCACAUGAGGAGCGGUUUGGGGUGUGGAAACACAGAGACUCUGUUCGACUGGACUGGACAGAAUACAUGGAGGGGGUUGAGAUGCUUUUUGAAGCAGAAUGA